GAAGGGGCGGGGAGGCUGGGUUUCGGCCGGGGCUCAGGAGGACCCUGCUUCCCGCCGCCCCCAAACUCCCAGGCAGAGCUGAAGGGGCCCCUCCCCUGGGCGAAGUGAGGACGGGCUUCUAAGGUGAUGGAGGACUCUGGAAAGCGUGUGCCCAUGCUGGAAGGCCAGGGUACCCCAGGAUGGGGGCUCGACUCAGGAAACGCGGGCUCCCGGCCCCCCAGGGAAGGAGACUUGGUCUGAAAGAUGCCGCCUUCCUGCACCCUCACCGAGUCCAGCAGAACACAGUCUCAUUCAAGGUGGCGUGGAUGAGGGAGUGACAGAGGAUGCUGCCCCCAUCUGAAGACUCCGGAGGAUCCUGGCCUGGCAGCUGAGCUCCCCGCGGCUUUGGGACUUCAGGUGUCACUUGGUGUAGAGCUCAUGAAAGGUGCUUGAGUUUCUCCAGCUUUCUUUACCAGUGCUCAGCAGACUGGUUUGGGUCUCGGAAUCUAAGAUGAACUGGUAGAAAGGGGAACUGGCAGAGGUGGAAAGAAGCCUCCAGAAUCCAUGAUCAGAAUCCCUUCAUACACCUUGGGACACAGCAGAGAGCAGCUAACAAGCUGCUGGAGGCUGUGAUACAACUGUGCUUUGGACCAUCAUAGUAAAGGAACACAGCUCAGCAACAGCUUCGCGUUUCAGCCAGAAGGAGCCUCUUCUAUCAGGGAUUUAAAUAGGGGAGAGUUCCUUCAUCUCUACUCUGAGGUCCAUUAUGAUAGAAAACUUUACAUUCAUAUAGAUAAUGAGACCAGUUUUUCCUUCCAAGAUGCUAUAUUUGAAAGAAGCAUGAGCCAUUCGAAGCUUCCAGGAGGGUUCAGGAUACGCAGGAGUUAGAGGACAGCCUCCCCAAUGCAAGUUAAGAAGACAGUUUGAGCCUUCAACUUCUGCAGCUCAGCAAGUGUAGACAUAUGCCACUCUUGUUUCCAGAGAGCUGGUGGCAGUGAUAUCUCCAGAAGAAAAAGCUUCCCUCAGCUUUGGGACUUGACAGAAUGAGGUGUGCUGGGGAAGCCACUAGCUGUACCCUGGCCUUUCUUGACUGCCCCUUCGUCAUUCGGGCAGCCUCUGACCACUGAGCCAACGAUGGCUGAGAAGGGUGACUGCAUCGCCAGUGUCUACGGGUAUGAUCUCGGUGGGCGCUUCGUUAACUUCCAACCCCUGGGCUUCGGCGUCAAUGGGCUGGUGCUGUCGGCCGUGGACAGCAGGGCCUGCCGGAAGGUGGCCGUGAAGAAGAUCGCCCUGAGUGAUGCCCGCAGCAUGAAGCACGCGCUCCGGGAGAUCAAGAUCAUCCGGCGCCUGGACCACGACAACAUCGUGAAGGUGUACGAGGUGCUGGGGCCCAAGGGCGCCGACCUGCAGGGCGAGCUGUUCAAGUUCAGCGUGGCCUACAUCGUCCAGGAGUACAUGGAGACCGAUCUGGCACGCCUGCUGGAGCAGGGCACGCUGACGGAGGAGCACGCAAAGCUGUUCAUGUACCAGCUGCUCCGCGGGCUCAAGUACAUCCACUCCGCCAACGUGCUGCACAGGGACCUGAAGCCCGCCAACAUCUUCAUCAGCACGGAGGACCUUGUGCUCAAGAUUGGUGAUUUCGGGUUGGCAAGGAUUGUUGAUCAGCAUUAUUCACACAAGGGUUAUCUCUCAGAAGGCUUGGUAACCAAGUGGUACCGCUCACCACGCCUGCUCCUCUCCCCUAACAACUACACCAAAGCCAUCGACAUGUGGGCCGCAGGCUGCAUCCUGGCCGAGAUGCUCACGGGGAGAAUGCUCUUCGCAGGGGCACACGAGCUGGAGCAGAUGCAGCUCAUCCUGGAGACCAUCCCUGUGAUCCGGGAGGAGGACAAGGACGAGCUGCUCAGGGUGAUGCCUUCCUUCGUCAGCAGCACCUGGGAGGUGAAGAGACCGCUGCGCAAGCUGCUUCCUGAAGUGAACAGCGAAGCCAUCGACUUUCUGGAGAAGAUCCUGACCUUUAACCCCAUGGAUCGCCUAACAGCGGAGAUGGGGCUGCAGCACCCCUACAUGAGCCCCUACUCGUGCCCCGAGGACGAGCCCACCUCACAGCACCCGUUCCGCAUUGAGGACGAGAUUGACGACAUCUUGCUGAUGGCCGCCAACCAGAGCCAGCUCUCCAACUGGGACAGGUACCCUGUGAGCCUGUCAUCGGACCUGGAGUGGCGGCCCGACCGGUGCCAGGACGCGAGCGAGGUGCAGCGCGACCCGCGCGCGGGCUCGGCGCCUCUGGUGGAGGACGUGCAGGUGGACCCGCGCAAGGACUCGCAGAGCAGCUCCGAGCGCUUCCUGGAGCACUCGCAUUCGUCCAUGGAGCGCGCCUUCGAGGCCGACUACGGGCGCUCCUGCGACUACAAGGUGGGGUCGCCGUCCUACCUGGACAAGCUGCUGUGGCGCGACAACAAGCCUCACCACUACUCGGAGCCCAAGCUCAUCCUGGACCUGUCGCACUGGAAGCAGGCGGCCGGGGCGCCCCCCACCGCCGCGGUGGCCGCAGUGGCCGCGGACGCAGGGGCGCGCGAGGACGAGCCGGCCAGCCUCUUCCUGGAGAUCGCGCAGUGGGUCAAGAGCACGCAGGUCGGCCCCGAGCGCGCCAGCCCGCCCCCCGACGAUGGCCCCGAGCGCCGCCUGUCUGCCUCUCCGCCUGGCCGGCCGGCCCCCAUCGACGGGGGCGCCAGCCCCCAGUUCGACCUGGACGUGUUCAUCUCCCGCGCCCUGAAACUGUGCACCAAGCCCGAGGACCUGCCGGACAGUAAAUUGGGCGACCUCAACGGCGCGUGCAUCUCCGAGCAUCCUGGCGAUCUCGUGCAGACCGAGGCCUUCUCCAAAGAAAGGUGGUGAGGGCGGAGGGGGCGCCCCAGGCCCCCGAGCGGGAGGCCCCACACGGGAAAGCCGCGGCUGGCAGGAGGGGUCCGCCUCCCUGGCACCUCCACCACCCCUUCCGCCCGUCUCUGCUGCCUUGAGGUUCGCAGAACGGAUCCGAGGGGCGAGAGGAAUGUCCAUGUCUUAAACUGCCUUAAUAACUAGCCUUUAACCUCUGGGAGCGGGUUUGAACAGGAGCCUAGUUUGGGGGUUGAUCACUUUCCCAGCGAAGAGGAGGCCCUUGCAUUUUACAGGUGGUGGUGUACAGGGAAGAAACAUGUCUUAGCAGUGUCCGCAGGCUCUACCUGGGUGGCUGGGUGCAGAGAAACUUGCAGGCAUAGGUUGAAACCAUCCGGUCCAGCUAGCCUCAACUGACAGAAGAGGAAGUGUUGAGUGAAGAUGAGGAAGUGAUGAGCCCCAGAGAAGCAAGUGACUUAAUAUCAGGGCCUCGUCAGUGUCCCAGCAAGUUUUGAAUCCCAGUCCCCUGGCCCCUAGACCGGUGUCUGUCCACUAUAUAGUGUCUUCCUCUGCUGGGGUCGCCCUGGCUUUUCUAUCAGAAAACUUGGUCCAAGAUGUUUCUUCCCUGUCCAUUACCACCUGACCCAUUUGAUAUUCUUUUAUUCAGAGCUAUGCUGCUUGUAUUCCGAAAUGGGAAACUGAGCCAGUCUUACCCUAGUCACCAAGCAUAUUUUUUCUGGCUCUUCAAGUCCUUAAGUAUUCCCUUCUGCCACACCCCUGUAUUUGCCUCACCCCUGCAUGGUCUGAAAUCUUUAUUUCAGAUCAGACCAUUCCGGGGUCUGUGGGUAAAAGAACUCAUUCUCCCAGGCCUGUGUACACACCUCUUCCAGAACGCCCUAUGCACUUUCCUGAAACAUGUGCAGACACAAAGACACAGCCCUAGAUCCUGACGGGACGUUGUACAUGAGUGAGUUUGAAGACAGUGAUUCCAAGAAUCCCUCCAGUCUGCCCCCACACCCCCAACCACAUCCACAUGGCUUCUCUCCAAGCCUACAUUGGGAAUUAAAGUUCUCGGCAUGAAUCGCUCCUUUGGAGGAAAAUAAUGAGGUACCUGCCAUAGAGCAAAUGUAUUAGGAGAAGAUUUCACAUGGGACCUAUCAGGCUUCAUUGUACUGCCCCUGAUUUUGAUUAUCCGUUUAGCCCUGGCAAAGAGCAGGCACUAAAGAAAUGCAUUUGAGAGCAAGUGGCCUUGGGGGCAGGAAUCCAGAAAGGAGGGUAUGAAAUGUGGGGUGCCGACAGCGAGGGCCCUCAGGAGUCAGGCACCAGCAUGGGGACCUCGUGACAAAGGAAGGGACUCAAAGCCACCAUGCCCCUCAUAGCUUAGGCCAGGAUGAGUUUGGGGCAUGCAAACCCAGAGGUGCACUUCCACAUGGAGCCUGGGGUGAUGGUGUGUGGGCAUGGCAGUUCCUCUGCAGAAGCAUAGUCCAUCCUCUGGAAUGCUCUGCCACUUCCAGCACUGGUGUUCAGCUCUCCCUCAAGACCCCUGAAGAUACCCAUAGGAAGUCGAGCCAGUCUGUAAGCAGAGGACUCGCCAGUGUUGGUCUUGGGCGUGGUCACCCUCACGUCAACAGCACCUUAAAUCUAAUCAGCUAACUAGGAUUUGUACGUUGAAACCUGCAACACUUUAGAAACUUAUAUUUAAAAACAGAAUUAAUCACACUGACGAAUUUUUAAAUGGAAAUAUGUAAAUAUGAAGUGUUUGUUUUUUUUUUUUUUAAAAGAAGAGGAAAUGUACACCGCUCCUCAUGUGCCAUUUGUCCUCAGAGGGCGGCUUUACUUUUUUGGUAAAGGAACACGCUGCUGACCUUGACCAGGAGUUCAUAUAUAAUUGUUAUUACAGAGGAAUUGCUUUUACUACUCAUGUUUUAAAAAGAUCUAUUAAAUGUUAUUAAACUUGAUCAGGACAGGCCAACUAAGUUUUAUUGG